UAAGGGAUUUACGAGUAGAGGCACACUCACUCCUACGCAUAUAGCAUCGCAACUGUAAUCGAAUACCUUAUCGGAUACCUUAAGUCUGAGCCUUCGCAGAACAGAUCACAAAGUCUACCAUUGUUGUCGAUUAAUACAAAGCGCACCUUCUAGCGUGAGGCGAGAGCAGAAAACAGUUUGAACGCGCCUUGACAAGCCUAGAGCCGGGACAGUUGCGUUAGCCAUGGCCUCCCUCCCAAGCUGUGUGCUGUUAGUAUCGUUUCUAGCUUUAUGGACUCUGGCGCAAGGUCAAGCCGUACCGGGUAAUUGUCCAAUAAGCCCGACCCCCGCGGCUUGUCCCCCGGUUCCGGAUAACGAGUGUCAAAGUGACGCAGAGUGUACAACUAUCUACCCUGGUCUAGGGCUGAAGUGCUGCAGGCAAGGGUGCGACUUGGUCUGCGUCACACCUACGUUUGAUCCUGUCGUAACUGCUGCACCGAAAACCGCCCCCCCUACUGCUCCCCCUACUGCCCCCCCUACCGCUCCCCCUACCGCCGCCCCUACUGCCCCCCCUACCGCUCCCCCUACCGCCGCCCCUACUGCCCCCCCUACUGCUCCCCCUACCGCCCCCCCUACUGCCCCCCCUACCGACCCCCCUGCCGUCCCCGUUACUGAUCGACCUGUACCCCAAACAAGACCCCCUGUGAGACCCACCGAGUUCGUUUGUAGAGAUCGCUUCACCAUACGCUCGUGUAAGCCAUACAAGAGAUACUGCAACGGUCGAUACAAGGAGAACUUGAGUUACUGGUGCUCAAAAACCUGUGGCUUCUGCUGAAAGGUGAUCAUACUGUCACCCAAAAGUUGGAUUCUGCGCUAAUGCGAUGUGCAUAAAAUAAGAAAAGUAAAUAAAUGCCUGAAACAAA